UGACGCGCGGCGUUCCGGAAGUUGUCCAGGUGCCGGCGGAGUGGGCCGUGGAACCCGGACUUGGAGGGGCGGCGCCUGAGGCGACGCUCCCGGCAUCUCCGGCUUUCUAGCGGCUACUUGACCCCGGAAGUGGGGUGGCGGGCUCCGGUGCUGUAGUGGCGGCGGACUGCGGCGCGAGCCUCAGAUAGCAGCAGCGGCAGCAGCAAUGUUUCACUUCUUCAGGAAGUCUCCAGAAUCUAAAAAGCCCUCAGUUCCAGAGACAGAAGCAGAUGGAUUCGUCCUCUUAGGAGAUGCAACAAAUGAGCCAAGGGGUAAAGCUUCUGAAGAGGAAGGCAGCCAACCUUUGGAGACCAGCAAAGAAAACUCAUCCAGUGUGACUGUGGCAGGCCCUGAGACGGAAAAUAAGGCAGGCCAAACUCUGGAGAGCAGCUCGCUAAUGGCCGAGCUCCUGAGCGACGUACCCUUCACCUUGGCCCCGCAUGUGCUGGCAGUGCAGGGCACCAUCAGCGACCUUCCUGACCACUUACUCUCCUAUGAUGUCAGCGAAAACUUAUCACGAUUUUGGUAUGAUUUCACUCUUGAAAAUUCAGUGCUCUGUGAUUCAUAAUCUUUUUCGUUUACACCUUAACAGCUUUAAAAUUUUUUUGUCUCUUUAUUUAAUGUUUGAUGUUCUUUGCCAUUUCACUCUUUGAAGGAUAGCAAGGAUCAUAAAUCAAAUAAAAUAACUUCAUGUUCAUUGUUUUUUUUUUUUGGAAAAUGUACAUUUGUAUAAAAAUUGAACUGUAGCUCUACUUACCUUCCCCCACAUAAUAAAUAUAGAACUGAGACUAUCAGUUUUAUGCAAGAGUGCUUCAGCUGUCCUCUCAGAAUAUAACACUGUGAAAGAGAACUCAGGCUUUUUUCUUGGUUACCACAACUCUGUAGUCUGAGCUGAGAGUGAGUGUGAAGUCUCUUUGGUUCAGAGGAAGUUUGUGUUCAUAUUAUUUACUUUCUUUUUCCACAGUGUUUAUGAAUGAAUUCUGGGGGAAAAAAGAGUUUCACAUUAGUUUCUUCAGUCUCGAUUUAGACCAACUAAUGUGGGAAUGUAAAACUUCUAAACAGCAGUGAUAGUUUGCCCAAUACAAGAAUGGUCUAGACCACUUUGCAGGCAAUCCCUUAAGUCUUACACUUCAGCUUUCUUAAACCUGCAAUAGUCCUUUCCACUCCAGAUGAUUUCUCUGUUCCAGCAUUUGUUUUUAGCCUUUUCUCCACUUCCAUGUGUACUCUCCAACCAACUUUCUAAAGAACUUUUCCUGCUUCUGCCUCAGUUGGCAUUUGCUCUCCUUACCACAUAUGUCCCCAGUUUAUGAAGAGAUCCACAUUUCCUUUUCAACCUCUCUUCCUCCUGAAGAAAAACAUCUCACGAUGGUACUUAGUAUUGCUGAUAACACCCUUAUUUAGAAAUUUGUUGGCCAUGAUACAGAUGGAAAUAUUUUAUUAUUAUAAAUACUGAACUCAUUUCCAAUCAGUGUAUAGGCAAAACACCUAGAUAUGACUUUCAGUUCUUGGAUAUCUGUCAUUUUUUCCAACUAAAACUGAAGAGAAAUGCCAUUUGUCAAUAAACCAUAAAGGGAAGAGAGAAACUGUGAUAGAGAAUCUUCUAUGCCAUGGAAAAUUUAGGUCGCAUUUAUUUUUAUUAGUUGCAAUAUGAUUUAUUAAUUCUGUGCCAAACUUUUGAGUAUAUUUUUUCACAAAGAUGGAGUGCUAUAGCAAAAGUAAAGGUACAUGAAUUAUUCAGAUUUUAAUGUGUUAUGCAUGUUUGUUUAAUAAAUGUGGCAUGGUCUUGAUAAAAUGCUAUAUUAUUUAAAGAACAUUUCUAUUAACAAAAAUGUGCUUCAUUUGCAAAUGUUACCAUGAAGUAAAUGGUUAAAUUAGAUAUUUACGUAGUUUUAUAAAACUUAAGUCUAGGAGAUAUAACUUAUUACUGACAUAAAUGUGAACAUUUUGUAGCACUUUUGUGAAGGCACAUCCUUUUAAAAUAUUCAUGUUAAUGUACUUUUAAAAUUAAAUGUAAGCAUAUAGUCAAUUUGUCUAAUAUAUGCGUUAACUCUUGUCUAAAAUAAUUAUACAUUUCACUUUAUUUAUGUCUACCAUGUAUGCUUUUAAUUACUUUCACUUGUCUACAUAAUUGUUAUAUUUAAAUAAAUGCAAAUUAAAAUAAAUGAA